AUGUUAACCGAAAAAGUACCAAACAUCACACAAAGCCUGCUUUUGAAUGCCGUGGAUUUCAACGAUGCUUGGAAAGUUCAAUUUCCACUGGAAAGUACGAAGAGAGACUAUUUCUAUUCCGGAAAAAGAGAAACGACAGAAGUCUCGAUGAUGUCCACCGAAGUCGAGACAUUUAAAUUUUAUGAGGAUCUGGAAAUGAAAUACAAGUUUUUGGAGCUUCCAUACGAAGAUGAGAAAAUGAGCAUGAUCUUGGCGUUACCAAUUCAAUACGACCAACCUGCUAAUUUACAGAUCGAUGGCGACAUGUUGUGUGAUAUCAAGAGUAAAAUGAUAAGUACGAAACUAGAUAUGGUAGCUAUCCCAAGAAUGAAAUUUCAAUUCCAAACCAAUCUAAAAGAAGUCCUCAUUGAUGUAGGUGUAAAAGACUUUUUUCAUUCUUUUGAGGCCAACUUUUCUGGAAUUUGUGACGCAAACGAUUUUUACAUCGAUGACAUUGUUCAGAAAACAUUGGUAGAAGUAGAUGAAGAAGGAAACGAUGCUGCAACAAUCACAAAGUUGAAGUUUCUGCCCUUAGCUUUUAGAGGAGUCAAAGAGUUCAUCGCAAAUCAUCCGUUUCAGUUUUAUGUACAAGAUAAAACUUCUGGUGUUAUUCUCGUCGCCGGAAGAGUAGACGAGCCUUCAGAGUCAAUUUCACUGGCAGAAAAUUUGAGAUUCAUGUAA